AUAAAAUACCCUCUUAUGUUAUUUUUUUAUUUUUUAUUUUUCCGAAACGCCCAAUAUACAUCAAUAGUUUACUUCAAAAUGCCAAUUACUAGCCUGUCAUUCAUAUAUCCCCAAUGUAUGUAAGGUUACAAGUGUACAACAGUAAGGGGGACUACUCGUAUGUUCUUUAGCAAUUAAAAAGGGCCCUUUACAAGAGAUUUUAAACAGAAAUAAUGAGAUUUUAGCAAUUAAAAAGUUUGUUAUAAAGAUGUGGUAUGUGCAUUUUCAAUAAUGCAAGUAACACAUGUUUUUGUAACCUUAGUUUUGUCUAUGUUCAGCUUUUACUGCAUGUAUAUAACUGUCUAAGUGUAUAAGAAGGCAACAUUAACAAGGGAAUAAAAACUUAGGCAUAUAUUAAAAAGAGUAUUUGUGUAUAAUCAUGAGCGUAGAGAAUCAAACCCAUGUUUUCCUUGUCCAACUACUGGUACUCGUACUUUUUAUGCUUGGGCACUCCAAUGGUGCCCCUGAUAUCGAUGCCAUUCAAGCCUAUUAUGGGAUUGGUGCACUCAAUAGGAGCAGUUUUCCUGCAGGUUUUGUUUUCGGGAGUGCUUCAUCGUCGUAUCAGUAUGAAGGUGCAGCUCAUGUAGAUGGUAGAGGCUCGAGUAUAUGGGACACUUUCACUCAUAAAUUUCCAGAUAAGAUCAAAGAUCGAAGUAAUGGUGAUGUGGCUAUAGACUCAUACCAUCGCUAUAAGGAGGAUGUAAAGAUCAUGAAGCAAAUGGGAUUAGACGCUUACAGAUUUUCAAUUUCUUGGUCACGGAUUUUACCUUAUGGAAAAAUACGAAGAGGCGUGAACCAGAAAGGAUUAGCAUACUAUCACAACCUUAUUGAUGAGCUAAUAGCGACUGGUAUAAAACCCUAUGUGACUCUCUUCCAUUGGGAUCUCCCACAAGCGUUGGAAGACGAGUAUGGUGGUUUCCUCAGUCCUAAUAUUGUGGAUGAUUUUAGGGAUUAUGCAGAUGUUUGCUUCAAGGAAUUUGGUAACAAAGUGAAGCAUUGGAUUACAUUGAAUGAACCCUGGACCUAUAGUAGUGGUGGGUAUGCUUAUGGGGUUUUGGCUCCUGGCCGAUGUUCACAAUGGCAACAGCUUAACUGUACUGGUGGAGAUUCAUCUACUGAACCAUACUUGGUUACUCAUCAUCAACUUCUUGCUCAUGCAGCAGCAGUGGAUUUGUAUAGGCGUAAAUAUCAGGUUUCUCAAAAAGGUGUAAUCGGUAUUACUCUAGUGGUACAUUGGUUUGUUCCACUGUUUGAAGUACAACGCCAUCAGUUUGCAGCAAUGAGAUCACUUGACUUCAUGUUUGGAUGGUUUAUGGAUCCAAUCACGAAAGGUGAAUAUCCACAUACCAUGCAGUCCCUUGUAAAAGGCCGGUUGCCUAAAUUUUCUGCUGAGCAGUCAAGGAUGGUGAAUGGAUCCUUUGAUUUUCUGGGUUUGAAUUAUUACACUGCUUAUUAUGCAGCUUAUUCUCCUGGCCUGAAGCAGGCAAAACCCUCGUACAUCACUGAUCCUAUUGUUAGACAAACAGUGAAGCGAAAUGGAAUUCCAAUUGGUCCAAAGGCGGCUUCAGAUUGGCUGUAUGUUUAUCCACGAGGAAUUCGAGAUCUUUUGCUAUAUGUGAAGAGAAAAUAUAACAACCCUUUGGUUUAUAUAACAGAGAAUGGUGUUGAUGAGGCUAACAAUAAUAAUUUGUCACUUGAGGAAGCACUUAGUGAUAAAAUGAGGGUGCAAUACCACCAUGAUCAUCUCGCUUUCUUAAAUCUUGCAAUUAAGGAAGGCGCUAACGUGAAGGGCUAUUUCGCUUGGUCAUUGUUGGACAACUUUGAAUGGAACUCCGGUUAUACUGUCCGAUUUGGGAUCAACUAUGUGGAUUACAAAGACGGGCUAAAACGAUACCCUAAACUUUCUGCUCUCUGGUUUAAGAAGUUCCUGCAAAAGAGGAUACAUUAAGGCCAUUCAAGCAAAAAGAAGUCAUACUCCUGAAUGUCCUAAUGGCUGUUUGGCUGGUUAUCUUAGUGUCUGUGUUAUAAUCUCUCUCGAACUGAUUGUCAUUUUGAUAGCAAAAUUUGUUAGGGUAAGAGCUUUAACGGAAACGUAAUUAAUUGAGAAAUUGACAAAGUAUAAACGGCAAGAAAAAGCUAUUAAGCAAAUAACACUCAACGAGCACACGAAAAAUUAAA